CUUUAACGCGCGCGGGACGGAGGAACAACGAUACCUCGCCGAUCCCGAGAAAUGCAUUCGGAAGAGCCCCAACGGUUCUGUUUGACAUGGGACUAUAAGAACGACUAAGAAGCAUUCAUCACUGAAACCCAUAACAGAGGGCAAGCACCGCACAUCAUUGUUCUUACUCUCAGUAAUCCACACACCAAUAGAGUAUCUCGAUAUGUCUUCCAAGAAGAUCAUCCUCAUCACUGGUGCAAACCAGGGCAUUGGCUUUGACAGCGCCUGGGCCUUGGUCUCCGCAUCCCCUGACAACCACGUUGUCGUCGGCUCCAGGAGCGCGGAGCGGGGUGCCAAGGCUGUGGAGGAUCUCCAGUCCCGGAAACCGGCCGGCACCGUAAGCCUUUUGCAGCUCGACAUCACUUCCGACGACUCCAUCAAGGCUGCGGUCGAGAAGCUGACUGCCGACUUUGGCGUUCUCGACGUCCUCGUCAACAACGCCGGCAUCGUCAUCAUGCAACCCAAGGAUCGCCGCUCCGAGCUUAUCGACACCUUCAACACCAACGCAGCUAGCGCAUUGCUCCUCACCGAGGCCCUGAUACCGCUACUCAAGAAGUCUAAGGAUGCGCGAAUCAUCAAUGUCACAAGUGGUCUCGGUUCUCUUCACGAGCGUACGACUCCAGGUGGUGCCUUUUACGACGUUCCCGCCGAUGCCUACCGCAUCUCCAAGGCGGCCCUGAACAUGGCGACGGCCCAUAUGUUGUGGGCCUACAAGAGCUGGGGCGCGAAAGUUUGGGCCUUCUGUCCUGGCUGGGUCAUCACCAAUUUGUCAGGUGAAGACGACAGGCAGAACAGGAUCGAUGGAGGCGCCGAGAGUUCGGAAACCAGCGCGCAGGGUAUCCUUGAGAUUGUUGAGGGCAAGAGAGAUGGUGAGGUUGGCAAGUUUCUCCAGAGGAAUGGGAAACAGUUCCAGUGGUGAUCAGUCCAGUAUUGUUAGGUGGAUAUCAAAGUAUUUGAACGCCAGGAUCUCGGGCCUUCCAACUCAUCGCUUGAUCGAUAUUUCUGUGGUCCGCAUAAUUCCUUGUCCUUUAUCAUCCUGGAGAAUCAUGUCCUCACUC